AUGUUCCUUUGCCUAAAGCGACGUCAUUACAAUAAAGCCCCCCUUGUGUGGUUGUCAAACACUUCCCACUGGAAAAGCAAGUACAAUGAGCUUUAUGAACAAUUUUCCACAUGGCCCACAAUUUUUGAUGAAUAUCCAGUGGAGAAUACACAUAGCAUCAUCCGAGCCCAAACUCAGCCUUCCGACACUGCUGCUAAACUUCAGGAAAGGGCAAAAGGUAUCUUUCAAUCCAAGACCAAACAAGCUAACUUUCGAUUAAAUUUCACCCCUCCAAAACACUUCAGUUUUUCACAGCAGCAACUUAAGUACCUAAAGGUCCGAUGUGCAGAAUUUUUGACAAACAUUUUCAUUGUUAUAAAUGAUCACAUUGGUUGUGCUUCUAGUUUUAUAAGAAGGAAAACAAAAUAUGUCCGCUUACCACACAUUUUUGGAGAAGCAGAAGUUAAAUACACGGCUCUUCCUCUUGGCUUCAGCGCAAAGCAUGAACCAAACCAAGAUUGCAUAUGUGACCUCCACUCGUGCACCAUUAAUGAUGAUGAUGAAUCAUGGAAAAUAUUUCAAGGGUGUUGGCAUUCAUUCCAUGUUAAAUGUCUCAAUGGCACUACUUUCUGUCCAAUUUGUCAUGCCUUUCUUCAAAGUAAAGUCGAGGAGCUUGGUAAAGUUGCCAAAGAUGCCAUUUUACAUCCAAAUCCUACCAAGGAGGCCCAGCUCGAUGAUAAUCCUGAUGAUGAACCAGCCAAUAUGGAAACUCUGCCAACUGUUGAUCUACAAAGUAUAGAUGAAACAAUAAACAAACUUAGUGACAAAAUUGCAAAUUUACACCCACCACCAAAGCCUUCUAAUCACCAUCUGCAACAAGAGCAAGCACCAUCAGCUAAUUCUGAUUCCACUCAGCAUAACCGACACAAAAAGCGGCAACCUCUUCAGGAAGUUCAAAAUUUUGUUAACCAUGUUGUGCAGCAGGAACCACCUCAACAAUCACAACAACCACAGCAAAACACAAAUGGAAUAAUUGAAUGGCUGUUCCCCACAAGUAUCUGCCAAACCCAAAUAGGUGGAAGACCAAUUGCAAGUAAUGCUUGCACAAUUAUUGCUUCAAUGUGGUGCCGGAAGUUUCUUUUAAAAACAUUGGCCAUCCCAUCUAACAAAAGUGAUAUCCGAGCUAUGACAAGCAGUUACAAACAAACAAUUUUGAAUGGGAACUUAUUGUAUCAAGGUUUGAAUCUACCUAACAACCAACCAAAUUUGGAAGUUCGAGAUGUGGUCAACAAGAUCAAGGAUCUGAACUUGCAAAUUUUGCACGAUUUGGGAUUCUUCAAUGUGGAUGACAUUAAAGAAACAUUUGUUCAUAUGCUUCAAGGAGGGAAAAGGCAUGCUGGCGUUUUGAUUAUCCCACCAGCCAAUUCAGUGGCCAUACUUAUUGAUAAUGGAAACCUGGCUGUGUUUGACAGUCAUCAGCAUGGCAAUCAAGGUGGUCUAGUUCUCGUAUGCAAGCUUGCAGAAAUACAUGAACUUUUCCAUUAUCUUGGAGAAAAACAUAACUUGUGUGGCAGCAACUUUGCCGAACUUGUUAUGAAUGUAAUAUAG